AUGUCCCGAGCCGCCUCCCCUCAGGACAAUGUGCCUCGGUACACUCUCUGCCUAGUGUCGCACUCGAACAGUCCGCCGCUGCGCCCUGAGCCAGCCUUUCAAUUCGACCUCCACUCGGUGCCGAACCCUCCCCGCGCAAUGCGCCAGGCCAUGACAGGCAAGCAUCGAGAUCUCCAGACAGCGCUGUUGCAAGACACGGCCUUCUGCGCCGAGCUGAACCGCGCAUAUGGCAUCAUCAAAGCCGCCAUGACUGAAUUCGAGCUCAGUCGAAGGCGCCCGCCUCCGCACCGCCCCACAGCUCCAUCAACCACCGAGCAGGACCCGGAUGUCUUGUUGGUCGGUUGCUUUUGCUCCAAGGGAAAGCAUCGCAGCCCAGCAUUCGUCGAGUCGCUGGUGGAAACCGAAGAAUGGCCCAGUACUUGGCACGUCAAAGCCAUCCACCGGGAGCUCGAUGACGUGACAGACAAAGACAAUCAUUAUGAGUAG